CGCUACCUAACCUUGAGUCUUACCGAAUAGCUGUUCGAAGAGGCAGUAGAACAGCUGUGAUCCUCUACGCCCACUCUUUUUAUUCUCCGUCUUGCUUUUUUUUUUACCAGUCUCUUUUCAUCCCUGUCUUCUGUAAAUGCCUGCAGUGCUUUAUCUUCAUACGUGGGACUGAGAGAUUGUGCGGCUCAGAUGGGAGGUGUAACUGCUGUGUGCUACAUGAACGCGCGUGGCCGUGCACGGAGGUGGGUAGUGCCAAGCGAGGGAUGCUGAACGGAGGCCGCGAGGGCCUGUUCGAGCAGGGCAGGCGCUUUCAACAGGAAGGUAACUCCAGGGCGGCUUUGCAGUGCUUCCUCAGCUGCCUACUGGGCCUGACCCAUGUGCAGAGCUUUCACUCGCUGCCAAACUGCCUGCAUCAGAUUGCUGAACUCUUCAUCGACGAGAAAAAUUAUGAGAAAGCGCUGCAGUUCAUUCAAGCAGAGAAGAUGUUCUAUGAGGUGGCAUUGAUCGAACUCACCGCUCUACAGGGAAGCCCAGUAGGCUCUCAGGAGGACAGUACACAGGGUUCCUCAGGAUGGCUCUCCCAAGAGGAAUUGUCAGAGCAGGCCUUGCAGGCCCAGGAUCUUGAGAGACUGGCUCAAAUUUGCAUCAUGAGUAAAAGACCACAUCAUGCUUUAGAAUACAGCGGCAAGGCCACAAAAAUACAUCAACGAGCAUUUGGUAAUGAUCACCCCAUCACAGCCAGGAGCCUGGAGCUACUGGGCACAGUGUAUGCUGAGAUUGGCAAGAAUGAAUACUCAGCCUCAUUGGGUCAGUGUGUAUCAGCUCUGUCAAAAACAUCCUCCGUCCCUGAGUCCUACAACAAUACCCUCAACAGUUUCACUCUCAGUGAUAAAGAUCCGGACCUCUGGCACAAAGACCUACAUCCUCCAUCAGACACUCCAAAACCAAAGGUUAUCAACUGUAAGAUCCCCACCUCCAUCCUAAAGAGGACCAACGCGCCCUUCUCGUCUCAGCGGCGGAAAACAGAGAGGCAUGUGCAUUUCAGUGAGCCAGAGAUUACUGUUCAUGACAUUCCUUAUUAUGACUGUCUGGGAGGGUAUGAUUCGUCACAGAGCCGUCCUUACCUGGCCCUGCUUACCUGUCUGUUCCUGCUGCUCUCAGCAUUGGGUUUAGCGCUGUACUGCACACACCGCCGACGACCCCAUCGCGCCUGUGAGGAACUACAGGCAGCACUUGCUGUCUAUCUGCUGCGGUUUAAACAAAUCCUGUGGGGUUGCUGGAUCUGGCUGACCAUGCAGUGACCAUAACAAACUACCAGUGGCAUUAAUAUUCUUUACCCACACUCCCAUGAGUACAGUAAAGCUGGACAACAACACAGAGCUGAGAAUCAUGGUUUUAUGGAAGUUUCAUGGAAAUAUUAGGUACUUCAUGUAAGAGCUUUUAUGAUGGUCCCCACCCAAGAGCAGAACAUGACUUUACAAUCCACUGAUGAAAAACAGUUAACUUUUGCACGCCAUCCACAGAUGGCAUUCUCUUGCUCUUUAUGACUCACAAUCUCAGAGACAAGUACAUUUCAAAUAUAUCUGUCCUUGUUGCAGUUGUGAUUUGAACAUGUUUCUGUUCUGAUUAUUUUUGUUACAAACUAAACAAAGAAUACUCAUAGGAAUCGUCCAACAAAAGCUAAAUAUAAUGAAAAUAGAUUUAGAUUUAAUCUUUUUUAAAUCGGUUACAGAGUUGAAAGUCACACUCAAACACACAGCAUCGCUUUUGCUUCUCCAUAAAUGUUAGUCUAUAUAAAAUGCAAAAGAACCUUCGUUAUUUCACUAUUACUCCUAUAUGCUUUGAGUAAUUACACAUGUAAAUAGAAAAUAUUAGUAACUAAUGUCACUUAAGUAAUCCAUCUUUUAGUGCACAUUGUAGGUGAAUGUACAUAGAAUCAUGAAUGACACUCAACACUCAGUGUAACUUAUAUGGUGUAAAGUUAAGCACAAUGUUUCCAUCUUUAACAUUUACAAAACAAAGUUAAAACAAUUCGUUUCGCAAUGUAGCCAGCCAUAUUUUCUGCCAAGUCAGAUUUACUUCAUAAUUCAAAGGGCAAGGAAUUUUUUAGUUUACAAAAAUUCAAGAUUAGUAGACUUGAAUUAUUUCUAUGUUCGUGUCACCUGUGUUUAUUUUUGCAAAAACCAACUAGUGUAUAUGAAUAUAUUAUACUUCUAUUUAUUUGUCUAUUUUUAUAUUUUUUUCUAUCUACUAUUUCCUAGAGUAAUAUAAUUUGUUAUUUUUGUUCAUUUUGGAUAAGUGAUUUAAAUUAUGUUUUACUUUAUGUUUAAAACAUUAUUUUUUAAAGCCAGUGGUAUUUCACCAAAAUCUAACAGAUAUAAAUAGGCAUUCAUUACAAACUGUUUAAGCAAUAAAAUGUUUUUCAUGUUAUGGGUAUAUAUGCCAAUAACAUUACCACUGAUAAUAAUGAAAUGUUCUGUAUUUUGAAAGGAAUGUAGCAGGUAAAAUAUUUUAUAUUUGUAAAUUACUGCAACAAUACAGUGGAUAUUGUGACAUUGAUAAUUAAUGAACAUUUUCAUGACUUGCAUUCAUAUUAUUUGGCUUAGAUAAAAAAUAGGAUAUAAAGGAUAAAUAUUUUACUAAAGUUAUAUUCUAAAUAUUAAAUCACUCAUGAUAAAGGAUUAUACCAAAUACAUACCCGCUAUUAUUAGUGUGUCUUAUGUAUGUAUCAGUCAUAAUUCCUUUUUAAUAACUGUGCUUUUUUAUUUUAAAAUAUUUUUUAAAGACUUAUUUAAACAAUCUAUACCCAUUUGCUUUUAACACACUCACUAUAAUUUAAUAAUUAUUAUCAGUCAUUUACCAAUUUUGGACAAAAAAAAACCCUAAUACAGAUUAGUGCUGGACACCAGAUGUGUUUUGUGUUUUUACUCUUAUUCAUGUAGCUAAUUCUACUGCUACAGAUUGAGUUCUACAAAUGCAUUACUUACUGUGAUAUAGGGAAAAAACAACCACUGUGAGAUUUUGUGAGGAAACAAAGGGCAGUCAAGGUCAAAUAACAUGUCUGAAAUUCUUUUCAAAGAAUAAUUACACUGAGUAUACUGUAUCUUUGUACAUAAUAAUGCAUAAAAGGAUAAACAAUAUACAGCGCAUGAUUGUCCAUUGUAUAGCACCGCUUAAUACUGUAUAUGUGAACUGUUGUUUAAGAAGAAAAAAAUUACCAGCUGGUUUGUACUUGAAUUCCAAACCUGUAAGGCAAUAUAAGACAAUGUUCACUUAAAAAGGGAAUUAAAUAUAUAUGAUAUGAUUCUUUAUUUGCUAUAAAGCAAUAAAGUCUCAUCAGACAGAGGCACAGGCUCUCUUUAUGUUCUGAGUUUGAUUUGGUUGGGUGUGUUUCCUCUCAACUUUUUAUCAGUGACCCUGUCUGAGACAACUUGUAAUAGAAGUGCCUUUUUAAGGUUCUCUCCUUUCUUUCAGUUUAAAUCACACUGUAACAGGUCAUCAAUAAAAGCCAUUGAAUAAACAAUAUUGCA